AUGUCUACUCAAAACGAUACUACUUUUGCUACCGAAACUCUUGAAUUUCAAGAAGAAGCCGCUGAAGUUGAUGUAAAAACUCAACAAUGGAAUCGAAAUGUUGAACGAUCAGAACCAGAAUGGGAUGUUGAAGAACCGUCUGGUUCAAUCGACAAUAAAGAAGUUUCUGCAACUUUCUCACUAUCAAUUGAACAAGACGAUCUUUCUUCGGUGAAGAUAGAAGAAACACUAUUCAAGAAGAUUCUUGUUGCUGCAGUUGAAUCUUUCGGAGAGAAACAUGGUGACCUUCGUUGA